UGAUCGGACUCAGAAGUUGUCCAGUCGCUGCACAACGAAGAAGAUCGACCGGAGUGCGCGAGAAGAGAUCUGGAAUCUGACUAAGUCCGAGCUAAAAAAUCGAAUAUAAGAAGAACUGGUCAAAAACGCGGAUCAUAAACAAAUCUACUCAUAACUCCCAGCGAGUUGAAUAAAAUGUGGAAGCUUCUUUUGAUCUGUGUGGUGAUGAGUGCUCUGAAUGGCGAAUCAUCGGGGGCCAACCGCCAGCUGCCCCGUAAACGUCGUGCCUACGCCGGAGGAUAUGCUGGAGGCUAUGCCAGCAGCGGAGGCGGAGCAGGUGGAUACACAGGAACUUACAACAGCGGUGGUGGUGGCGGUGUCCACACCAGCUUCGUGGGAAAUGGCGGCGGCGGUGGUGGAUACUACGACUACGAUGACUACGAUGGCUCUUCGCCCAACUUUGGCAUCAUCGAUCCCUAUCUCUUCCACCAGCAGCUGACCAACCACAUCCUGGCCCAGAACUACGCCAACCAACAAGCCAUAACUGGUCUGGCCACGGCUGGCAAUGCUUAUGCAUCUGCGGAUGCUUCUCUGGUUGAUGACAAUGAUCUUCGCAUCCAGCAGCAAAUUGCCGCUCAGCAGGCCUACCACGACAAUCUAAUCCGCCAGAAUCGCUAUAGGGGUAACUCGGGAUACGGAUCUGCUUCCGGAUCUUCUUCUGGAUCUGGUGGAUCCUACAACUCCCAUCGCUAUGCUCCCAGCUAUGCUGCUGCCUCGGGCUCCAUCGGACCCAACGGAUAUAGGCAGACGGCUUACAUCAAUCCCGCAAAUCCGAAAACCAAAUAUCGAACUAAGGCCUCUCCCAAUAUUGUGAACCGCUUUGGUGGUGGCAGCGGCAGCGGCGGUGGCUUCUCCAGCUCCAGCUCCAGCAGCUCCGGCGGCGGCGGAGGAGGCGGUGGCUACAAGGGCGUCUCGGUGUCAUCCUUCAGCCAGAGCAAUGGAGAUGGAACCAGCCGACGCGGAGCCCAGACCACCGUGAAUGACAAUGGAAAGAUUACCUCCUAUUCGGUCCACUCUUAGGGGACUUCUCCAACCGGAGGAGGCCCUUUCUCCGACCACAUGGGGGGCUUGGCUAUUAUUCAAUACAAAAGCUAAUCGAUUCCAAUUAAUUUUUAUGAAAAUAUAUAUAACUAUAUGUUUAUUUUAUUGUA